UUGUAUUACUCCGCUUGCACGCGAAUCGGUGGUGACGCGUUAAAAGACACCUUCGACGAUGAACGGUACUAUCAGGCGAUCACACCUACACCGGCCCUGUCCGUGCCGGCCACCAUACAAGCCGUGGCCCCGGCUACUGCGGCCACGACGGUUAUUGCCAGCGACAACAGCUUCCAAUCGGAGUACAUACCGGUUCCGCGAGACGAGCGAUACGAGUUCGCGGCAAGCAUGAUGCCCCGUGACACGCGCAUGUACGACACCAGUGGGCUUGUAUCGUCGGCUGCGGUGGCGGCCGUCGUUGCCGAUACGGGAUCGGGCAGCUUGUCCAGCAACCCGCUCGUGCCGGUGUAUCGCGGUGACGAGCGGCACUACUACCCGGUCGUCAGCACCAUCACCAGUUCAUACCUGCUCGACAACCGGCAGUACGAGCAAUCGCUCAAUUCGCCUUCGAUGAUGCACGACCGGCUCUACCAGCCAACCACGCACACCAUCACCAGUGGCAUGCUGUACAACGAACGAUCACACUACGAAACGGCCAGUGGCAAUAUUGCGGCCAUUACCGCUGUCGGCGGAAGCGGCGGGCAUGGCGGUGGCGGACCUCAUCCGUCCCAUCUAGCCGGUCUGUCGAAUAGUGGUCCCGAGUGCCAUGCAGUUGAUAUCAUGAUGCGAUCGGAUGCCACGUCCGUGGCAACAGCAGCCACCGUUGCCGGCAUUGAGCACGCAGAGGCAUCGUGGAGGGCGGAAAUGAUGGAACGGCAGGACGAAAUUGACCGACAGUAUCUGGUGUUGUUACCGCGCGAGGAUAAAAUAGAACCACAGGAUGAUCUCUGAGUCGACCAAUUUGGUCGUUCACUCCGUGUUCCAUCUGAUCCCUUUUCGCGACACUAGGCGACACACAGUCUAGUGUAAUGUCCCAAACCACACGUCCGUCGGGAAUGCGCCUGCGGGAGCGAAAAAAAACGAGCGGUAAAGUGAUCUUCCAACACGAUGGUGUCCGGUGCCACAGACAUUGCCUUACUUCUUCCAACUUAAACGAUACUAGAGUUAGUGCUGAAUGAAGAACAUUGCCGAACGAAGAAAAUGCACGUGAAAAAUACUAACCUCGGAGGGAGCGCCUACAGGAAUACGAGAGGUGUAAGAAAAUGAAGAGCCACACUGCUUAUUAACUCGGGCGAAAAUAGCGUACAGUUUUCGU